UCGUGUUAAAUUCCCAGCCCUAGGCCAACCCGGGUUAACAACCUUGCUUAUGAGAAAAAACGAGAAAAUAAAAUAAUAAACAAAACAGCGUUUCAAAUAUUUGCGGAAAAGGAAAGAGAAGCGAGAGGGUCAGAGGGGGAAUCGCCGAAUCGGGCACGCGAGCGACCGAGCGAGCGAAGCAAAGAAGGCGGGUGAGGCAUGGCGUGGGCGGGAGGAAAGAAAGAAACAGGCAAAACGGUCGUUACGAUUAAAAAAAAAAGAAAAAAGGAAAAAAGGACGAAAAGAAAAAGUGCUUGGAGAAGGGGUCGCCUUCUCUCUCUUUUCAUUUUUGCUCAUUUCUUAUUUCUCUCCUCUUCCUCCUCCUCCUCCUCCUCCUCCACUUUCAAUUCUUCUGGCGAUGCGAAUACCAUGGCAGGGCAAGCCCAAAACAAAAACAAAAACAGAGUUUCCAGUUAGAUAAAAAAAAAAAAAAAAACUUACGCUGUCCCAUUCUAUUUCCCUCCAGAACCUUUUCCUCUCUACAAUUCCAAUCUCGCUGGAGCCUUCUCUUCUCCGAUUCCUCUAUCUCUCUCUCUCGUUUUGCUUGGCUCUUGCCAGAACCGCCGUUCUCUUCUCCGCUCCCUCCUGCUCUUCGUCCGACAGGUGAUUCUCUCAUGUUCUGUUCCGUCCCUUUUCUUCCCGUCUCCUGUCUUCUGUUUGGCCUGUCCGCCACCAUGACCAUGUUCGUUUCUUUUUUGAGAAACUAUGUGAACGUUCUGGUGUUGUAGGUUUUGAAUCUUAAGCUUAUCUAAUUAGGUACUAGGAUUUGAUUUUCUUGAUUGCGGAGGGUUCCCGAAAUCUCCUUUUAUCACUACCACGUUACGUAUUUGAUUUGUUUCGACAGAGAGCUUUCUAUAUCCGUUUGAAUCUUCCAUGAUUACGGCAAUUUUCCAGUAUAUGCAUCGAAUUCUUUUCUGUGGAGCUGCGUGAUAUAUUUUAUGAUGAUAAUCACACUGUUGGUCGCGUAAUUGAUCUAACAGUUGGCUAGGACAUGUACAAUUUCGUGGUUAUGACCUAAAUUCUUGUGAAAAGAGUUGAAGUAUUUUCACUGUUGGAUUCCGUUACAGUCCUCUUCUUUCCACUCUAUGCAUCUGCCCAUCGAUAUCCAUCUUCAAUGCUUUAUCUUCCAUUGUUUUUCCUGACCUGCACCAUUUAUUAUGCUUCUCGUUCUUGGUAUAUCUCCACUUCAGGGUAGAGCUAGAAGCUUAUGGGUGCCUAGGGGUAGCCCAUUAAGACAUUUCUCUUCUUGUUAGAACCUGUUUAAUGCUUCUUUUUGUCUAUGUCUAUUUGCUGGUGCAGAGCCAUGCCUGCAUUUAGUGCUAUAACGUUGGACAGGUUGUUAGAACCUGGAGCUUCUCAAUCUCUUGACAAGUCUAUUCCGCCCAGUGGGUACCUUGUUCCAAAGCCAAAACCUCCUCCACCUCGUUCCACAUUGCAGAGGAGAAACAGCACCUCAAUCACAGAGAGGAGUCCUCAUCGCCCUCAGCUAACCCCUUCACUAUAUACAACUCCUGAGGCAACUCCUAUCCCUCCUGGUUCUCCCACUUCGUAUGCCUCCUCACCGUAUAUUAUUAACCACAAGCGAAGAGGCCCACGCCUUGCAAAGAGCACUUCUGUAGAUAACAUUGCAUCUCAAGGGAAGGCCUUAGAUAAAGACGAAGCCAAAGGGAGCUCAAAGAGUUCUGAAUCUCAGGUUCAUGAUGUAGCUAGAGAUAAGCCUGCUGCUUUAGCUCGUCUGAACUUUGAUAAAAUAGAGCCUGUGACUCAUGAGAUUUCUGUGGAGAAGGAGCUUCCUAAUGGCAUCUGCAAUAUAUCUCCUAAAGCAUUGCAAAUCAAAGGUCACCAGGAGGGUGCAAAAGUGAGCAGUAAUGGGAAAGUUGGAAUUACUAACAUUAGGCAUGCCUUUCUGAAGGAAAAGGAUGGUUCAAGUGCACGGGAUAGCGAUGUCGAUGACUUUUUUGAUCCACAAGAAUCAAUGAGCCAUGCUAGCAACACCGAUAGUGAAGAUAAUGUUGGAUCUUUUGCUUUGCAAAGUAGCAGUGCACAAAUGGCAGAGUUUUUUGAUGCAUGGGAAGAACUUUCGUCUGAAAGUGGCCUGCAGUCUGCUCUCCAUGAUUUUCAAUCUGAACUGCGGGGAACACGAUUGAGUUUGUUGAUGGAGAUAGAGAAGCGCAGGCAAGCAGAGGAUGCCUUGAAAAAUGUGGAAAGCCAAUGGCAGAGAAUCAUGCAACAAUUGGCUCUUGCAGGAUUGACUGUUCCGCCUUGUCCCAUUGAUGAUCAACCUAACAGUAAUACUGAUCCCGCAGAGGAGCUGUGCCAGCAGCUCGAUGUAGUUCGCUUUGUAUCCAGUUCUAUUGGCCAGGGCAUAGCAAGAGCUGAGUUGGAGGUGGGGAUGGAAGCACAGCUAGAUGCAAAGAACUUUGAGAUUGCACGAUUGGUUGACCGACUUCAUUAUUAUGAAGCCGUGAAUCGAGAAAUGUCUCAAAGGAACCAAGAAGCUGUAGAAAUGGCUCGAAGGUAUAGGCAGGUGCAGAAAAGGAGACAAAGGUGGGUAUGGGGUUCAAUCUCUGCUGCAAUUACUCUUGGCACUGCAGCUCUAGCAUGGUCGUACCUUCCACCGAGAGGGGGAUCAACAGCUUCAACCGCCAGCGGCUCUGUGGAAAGUGAGCAGCCCGAUAGUGCAUCUUCAGAUUGAACCUUCCUGCUCAGUCGAUGUUGAUAUUCUAUAUCAAUCAUAGAAGAAUAUAAAGGUGGUUGUAUAUGACGUGACACCAAAACAGCAGCUAUCUCACUUGCGGCGGCAGAACCAUUUUCCUGCCGGCGGAGAUUGCAGAUCACUUGAUAAUGUCUAAAUUACACCGUGUUAUACAGUCAUUCGUUCUGGCUAGGCAAUCAAGAAAAAACCUGUAAUGUUAUUUUUUGUUUUUGUUUUUGUUUUGGUCAGUGAUUAUACAGUCAUUCGUUCUGGCUAGGCAAUCAAAAAUAGCACCAUUUUUCAAAAACCGCAACUCCACCCUGCGGUUUACACGAAAACUGCUGGGCGGGGGCGCGAUUUUCUAAGCAAACCACGGGUCUAGGGAGCGGUUAUAUAAAAAAAAAUUUGGACCAAACCGCUGGGUGGGGUGGCGGUUUGGCCCAAAACCGCCACCCCACCCAGCGGUUUGGUCCAAUUUAUUUUUCCGAUCAACUCCCAACUUCGGCCGAAACUUCAAACGAACGUAACUUUACACUCGAGUAUCCGAUCGUAACGAUUUGUUUUUGGUUUCACAUAAUGUUUCAAGAUCUACAACUUUUACUAGGAUGAAAUUUUCAAAACAGGAAUUAGUUGUGGCUAUAUGGGAUAUUGGGAAUAACUUUACCUUUACUUUUCACAAAUCCAUGUACAUUUUGAAAUUAUGAUUAUGUUAAAAGUUGUAGAUCUUGAAAAGUUAUGCAGAAUCAAAAAAAAUUCAUGACGUUCGGAUUUUGGAGCACAAAGUUAUGGCCGCCCAAAAUUUGACGAAAUAAAAAAAAAAACUCGUUCGGGGUGGCAAAUGACGUUUUUUCGAGACGAAGGCGGGAUCCGGCGAUUUGCGGCUUGCAAGAUCUCAAAAAGUUAUUCGGAUUCAAAAAAGGUAAAAUACACUUGUGUAGCCAAAAUUUUCGUGUUUGUGACAAUAAUAGCCACUUUUGGAGAAAUACCACUUAUAGCCAUUUCCGUCCAAUUCUUUAACGGUGUUAGUGUUAAGUCUGACUGGACAAACGAAAAUGUUGACGUGGCGAGCACUUUCAUCCAAUUUUGUCUAUAAAAAUCCACCUGGAUUUAGGGAAUAAAAAAAUAAAGGAGAUAUAGCGUGACUCUAAAAUUAAGGAAUAAAAAUUUCAGAAUGAGUUUUUCUACUAUCCUUAAUUCCCCCACGAAGAACCCCCAACCCAGUUCUCCUUAUUCCUUAAUUCCUUCCACCGAAAAAACCUAAUUCCCGAAAAAUAAUCCCCGCUGCCGAAAGCCUGUCCAAAUGAAGCAAUCGGCCGCGGUGGUAGCUUCGAGAAGGCAUAUGUUUGGCCUGGUCUCUGUUUCUCUCCGCCAUUGUUGAAUCGGUGAGGGUUGGUGGAAGGAAGAACGGAAGUGGAAAUUAACAACGAAUUCCACAUCGUGAUUGGUGUCUAUGGGGCGAAUCUGAUCAGUUUCGGCACAGGGAAGAUCAGAUCCGGCUACGGGUGACGGAUGUCGCUAUCAUUGGCGGCGGUUCCGACGGUGACUUGAAGGAGAGAGGGUUCUGGGUUCUGUUCAUUUUUCCAUAUCUACAAUUCCGGUUGCUUCAGGCUUCUGUCUCAUUGAAAGAUUUCCCGCCACUUCUUCUUCCUCUUCGUGGCUAGGUGGGGAGAAUAGAAAAUGGUGAAUGAAAAUUAGAAGUUGGUGUUUGUAGAUUUGAGGAGUAGUGUUUUGGGUUUGAUGGACAUGGUGGAUAGAUGGGGAAGACGAAGAUUACCGGAUGAGAGAGGAGAUGAAACUUUUCAUCUCCUUUUUUUUAUUUUGUUUGUUUACCUAUUUAUUUAUGUAAUUUAAGAAGUUUACUUUUUUAUUUUAUUAAAUUUAUGACGUGUCA